AUUAACAUCAUCUCGUCUCAACAUGAACAAUCUGAAAUUGAAUCCUCUGGAUAUUCCAGAAAUCCUUUCACUCAUCGGCAGCUUCCUUGAUCGAAAAGACAUUCUAAACUGCAUCCGCGUCUCAAAGACUUUUCAUAAUGUUCUUGUCGGCUCUCUUUGGAGAAUAAUCAAUGUCUGCAAGUCCAGAUACCCUGCCAGUAUAGCACUGCAGCGCCACAAGGGGUGCAUUGAAGAGAUUAGGUUUGAAUAUGACUUUGUUCCAGAGGAGUUUGGGUCAUUACGGGGAUGUGAUCGCCUCCAGUGCAUCGAUUACCAAGGAAUAUCAUUGUCCGAACCAAUUCACUUUUUAAAUCUAAUCAAGGCCCACAAUUCGGUUAUCACCAGAUUUCUCUUAAAGAUUACGCUAGCUUGGCGAGAACUCUGGGAGAUACUACUGGGGUGUGUCAAUCUCAAUCACUUGACAGCUUUGCAUACAAGGAUUGGGGAUGAAGUCAAUAUAUUCUUUCAAGUCUGCAAGAAUGUCGGGUACUUGGGCUUGUUUAGUGUAUCCAUAUACCAACUACCUGUCGACUUCUUGAGUAACGAUUACUUUUUCCCAAAUAUACACACACUAGUUAUGAGUGAUGUCCGGAUAGCCAGUCCUCCACAUCCGUAUACAUCCUCGUAUUGCCUUGGCAUGUUAGUCAAGAGAUGUCCGAGAUUGUGUACACUUCACUUUGACGAAAAAGACGAGUACCUUAUGGUGGAGCAACCAUCCCAUAGUACUUUCUACAAAACAACAUUCCUUCAACACCCUUGGAUACUAACAAGUCUAUCUGAUGUAUCUAUUCCCUCCAUGUACAUAAAAGACGAGGAUAUGGCUGCACUCCUCAGACAGUUGACAGAGCUAAGACGGCUAUAUACCCCAGCUUGUAGAUUUGGUCAGUUCUCUCUGAAAGAGUUACUAGCGACCGAGCAAGAGGUGUUGGAUAAUGGACACAUAGUGCGUAAGAGGAGGCUUAAGAGGCUCUGCGAGACGAUCAAGAUGUUGGAGUUCAGUAAACAGAGCUAUGUGAGUGGCGUUGUUCAAGCGAUUUUAUCUAAUUGCCCAAUGCUGACCCUACUACGAGGAUCUAAAAUCACAGUGACAGAGAUUGUCAAUGGGGCAGAAUGGGUAAGCACUGGAUUGGCUGAGUUGUCCAUCUAUCUUGAGGCAAACAUCGAUCAAGAGACCGCAGACGGCAUGGCAAAGGCGCGUAUUGUCUUUAAGCAGCUAGGUAAAUUGACCCAACUACGAUUCCUUAGCCUAACAGCAUGGAGCUUAUACGAUAAUGGUCAACAAACACUGGGCCUGAAGCUGAGAGCAGGUCUGGAUGAGCUAGAUAAACUGAAGAGUCUGUGGGGGCUACGCUUCCAAAAUGACGGACAACAGCGAAUAGGCCUUGAAGAGGCGACAUGGAUUGUGAACAAUUGGCCAUGCAUUCGUAGCUUGUAUGGUCGCAUGACACCAGAGCUGGAUGGGAAUCAGAAGGAUGUAAAUGCUUUGGUGUAUAACUUCUUUAGUUCACACAAUAUACGGAUCUACAUUUAAAGAUAGGCUAAAGAAGCAAGGAUAUACAUUACCACUUCAAAUACUGAUAUGGGGGACAAGAAUCUCGAGUAUGGCCACCUAAUGCACAUCUACCUGGCAAUAAAUGACACAACUGGUGAUGGUAAAGCGAU